AAUUCACACCUGUUUUCCCUUUUUUUUCUUUUUCAUAAUUCCUUGACGUUCUGCGUUGUAAGCUCGAUUUAUAAGUUUCUUCUGCUAAAACACCAACUAUAAUAAUAGAUAUCUUUUGGUUGGCUACUACUUAUAAACUUGUUAGCUGAUUAUUGGAAGAGAGAAAGUAGUGAUAUAAAAUAUAUGGAACCGUCAUGAUUGCAUGUAUCUUUCCUUCUUUUUCAUUGCAUUUGCAAAAGAAAACACGAGGAAAAGACAUUACAGAGGAGUGAGGCAAAGGCCAUGGGGCAAAUGGGCAGCAGAAAUUCGUGAUCCAAAGAAAGCAGCCCGAGUGUGGCUUGGCACUUUUGACACAGCUGAAGAUGCAGCCCUUGCAUAUGAUAGAGCUGCUCUCAAGUUCAAAGGCACCAAGGCAAAGCUAAAUUUUCCUGAACGAGUCCAAGGGAAUAGGGAGGUGAGCUAUUUAACUGGCCCCGGAGAUUCAAGCACGGUCCAUUCUGCACAAAAUCCUACGCCUGUAGUUGCACCUUCAUCGUGGUCUCAGGACUCAUACCCUCACUUGUUUCAAUAUGCACAGCUGCUUUCAAGUAGUAAUGAUGCUGAUAUCUCAUAUUACACUUCCAAUCUCUUCAAUUUCAAUCAAGAAGAGCCUUUCUCUCCUCAAUUUUCUUCAAUGUCAGCAUCAUCCACCUUCUCAUCACAAUACUACCACCAAGACCUCACAAGAUUUUCAACAAAUUAUGACAGCUCCUCUGGUCCUGAUUAUCCUCACCACUAUGGGAAGGACUUCGAUCCUAGUACCAGAAGCGAGUAGACAAGUUUAGCUUCUCAAGCUCUACAAGGUUCAGGAGGGCAUCCAAAAUUCUACUAUAUUUGCACCAAGCAAAGAAAUAAGAAUGCCCCCAUUCCAAGUCCCUUGCUCUCUCUCCUUAAUCUCUUCACAUGCGCUUACUGAUUUCUUCAAUUCUUAUGACAAGCAUGCAUGAUUUCAACUGGUGCCACUUUUUGUAAAAGAAUUACAUAUAUACACUGUAAUUCACAUGUAUGAAUAGGGAGUGGGAGGAUGAUUCAUAUCCCUAUCUCAGCACCAUGAUUUUCAAGUUUUAUGAUUUGUUUUGCUUUUAUUUUAAUGUCUUCUUAAUGCAUCAGAAGAAGGAAGAAGGAGAAAGACAUAAAGGCUAGCUUCCAAGUUUUUCUUGAUAUCUUUUGAUGUAAACUAGCUAGAGAAGAUCAGUUUGCUUUAAUUACUGUCACUAUUUCAAGUAAUUUAAAUAUAUAUAUAUAUAUAUAUAUAUAUAUAUAUUCUUAUUCUUGUGAGAAA